AAGACUGCUGUGUGUGUAAGAGAGAGAGGGACUGCUUUUUUCCUUUUUUUAUUUGCUCUGCUCUGCCCCUAUUCCCAUUUCUACAGGCAAGCAGAUGAAGGCUGGGGAGAAAGGGAGUAGGACGUAGGCACGCAACAGAGCUACAGAGGGGCACACAUCUCCAUAAAGAAAGAAGAAAAGAGCUUGGUUGGGAAAGGAAAGCAAGAAAAGAAAGGAAAGGAAUAAGACGGAGGAGCCGCUGCAAAUAUUUACGCCAUUUAAUGAACUUGUUUCCCUGAAGGUCUCAACCUUAUACUGCUGUUUUGUUUAUUUUUCUGCACAUUGGCGGGAGUAGACUUGUCUAGAAUAGCGGCUUGGAGCAGUGCGGAGAGGAACUGGUGCUCCGGGAUGCCUUUCAGAAGACGCUGCAGCGGGGCUGGUACAGGACUGACCAAAGCUGGGUUUUGGGUCGUCCUGUGGGGCGCCCUGCUGGGGGGCUGUGCCAGUGCUUGCCCGGCACUCUGCACUUGCAGUGGCACCACUGUGGAUUGCCAUGGUCUGGGACUCAAAGCCGUGCCCAGGAAUAUUCCCCGGAACACUGAGAGGCUGGAGCUGAAUGGAAAUAACAUCACUCGCAUCAAUAAGAAUGACUUUUCUGGGCUAAAGUACCUCAGAGUCCUACAGUUGAUGGAAAACCAGAUUGGAACAAUCGAGCGAGGGGCAUUUGAUGACAUGAAGGAGCUUGAGAGACUUCGACUAAACCGUAAUCAGCUCCACCAGCUCCCGGAGAUGCUGUUCCAGAAGAAUGCAGCUAUCUCCCGGCUGGACCUGAGUGAGAACUUCAUCCAGGCCAUCCCCAGGAAGGCUUUCCGAGGAGCCACAGACAUCAAGAACCUCCAGCUAGACAAGAACCACAUCGCCUGCAUCGAAGACGGAGCGUUCCGAGCGCUGAGGGGGCUGGAGGUGCUGACUUUGAAUAACAACAACAUCAGCAGCAUUCCCGUCUCCAGCUUCAACCACAUGCCAAAGCUCCGAACCUUCCGUCUUCAUUCGAAUAACCUGAACUGUGACUGCCACCUGGCCUGGCUCUCCCAGUGGCUGCGGCAGAGACCCACUAUCGGGCUGUUCACACAGUGCAGCACCCCUUCCCAGCUCCGGGGGCUCAACGUGGCAGAGGUCCAGAAACACGAAUUCGCCUGCUCGAGUCACACAGAGUCUGUGGGUCUACAGCCCUGUAGCCUGGCAGCAGGCUCUUGUCCGGCCAUGUGUACCUGCAGCAACAACAUCGUGGACUGCCGGGGGAAAGGACUGACUGCCAUUCCUGCCAACCUGCCCGACAGCAUGGCCGAGAUACGCCUGGAACAGAAUGGGAUCAAGUCUGUGCCACCCGGAGCCUUCUCCCCCUACAAGAAGCUUCGUAGAAUAGACCUCAGCAACAACCAGAUUGCAGAGAUUGCUCCCGAUGCCUUCCAAGGCCUGCGCUCUCUCAACUCGCUAGUUCUGUAUGGGAACAAAAUCACUGAGCUGCCCAAAGGUGUGUUUGAUGGACUAUACUCCCUGCAGCUGCUGUUGCUGAAUGCCAAUAAGAUUCACUGUGUGAGAGCCGACGCUUUUCAGGACCUGCAGAACCUGUCCCUGCUCUCCCUCUAUGACAACAAGAUCCAGACUCUGGCCAAGGGCACCUUCACUGCCCUGCGAGCCAUCCAGACACUACACUUAGCGCAAAACCCCUUCAUCUGUGACUGUAACCUGAAGUGGCUGGCGGACUACCUGCGCUCCAACCCCAUCGAGACGAGCGGCGCACGCUGCGCCAGCCCCCGCCGUCUCGCCAACAAGCGCAUCGGGCAGAUCAAGAGCAAGAAGUUCCGCUGCUCAGCAAAAGAGCAGUACUUCAUCCCAGGCACUGAGGAUACACGUCUUAAUAAUGAGUGCAACAGUGACCCUGUGUGCCCACCCAAGUGCCGCUGCGAGUCCAGCGUGGUGGACUGCUCCAACCUGCGUCUUACCAAGAUUCCUGAGCACAUUCCGCCCUCCACCACAGAACUGCGCCUGAACAACAAUGAACUCUCAAUCCUGGAAGCCACUGGUGUCUUUAAAACCCUAACCCAGCUCAAGAAAAUUAACCUGAGCAACAACAAGAUCUCCGAGAUUGAGGAUGGGGCAUUUGAAGGGGCCUCCUCUGUCAAUGAGCUGCACCUGACCGCCAAUCAGCUGGACUCUGUCCGGAGCGGAAUGUUCCGGGGAAUGGAAGGACUGCGGAUGCUGAUGCUCCGGAACAAUCGCAUCAGCUGCAUCCACAACAACAGCUUCACAGGACUGUCUAAUGUGCGUCUGCUGUCUCUGUAUGACAACCAGCUGACAACCAUCUCUCCUGGGGCCUUUGACACCCUACAGUCACUCUCCACACUGAAUCUGCUGGCAAACUCCUUCAAUUGCGACUGCCGGCUGGCCUGGCUCGGGGAGUGGCUCAGGAGCCGCAAGAUAGUGACGGGCAACCCCCGGUGCCAGCGGCCCGCAUUCCUCAAGGAAAUCCCCCUGCAGGACGUGGCCCUGCCUGACUUCCGCUGCGAGGAGGGCCAGGAGGAUGCCAGCUGUGUGCCCCGCCCACAGUGCCCCAGUGAGUGUACCUGCCUGGAGACGGUGGUGCGCUGCAGCAACAAGCACCUGCGGUCUCUGCCCAAGGGCAUCCCCAGGAACGUCACCGAGCUGUACUUGGAUGGAAACCAGUUCAGCAUGGUGCCCAGAGAAUUGUCCACAUUCAAAUACCUCCAGCUUGUGGAUCUGAGCAACAACAAAAUCAGCUCCCUGACGAACUCCUCGUUCGCUAACAUGAGCCAGCUCACAACAUUAAUCCUCAGCUAUAACUCCCUUCGCUGUAUCCCAAGCCUGGCCUUCGGGGGACUGCGUUCACUGCGGCUGCUGUCUCUCCAUGGCAACGACAUCUCCGAGCUGCCAGAUGGGAUCUUCAGUGACGUGGCCUCUCUGUCUCACCUGGCGAUUGGAGCCAAUCCCCUGUACUGUGACUGCCGGCUGCGCUGGCUGUCCGACUGGGUCAAGACUGGCUAUAAGGAACCUGGCAUCGCCCGCUGUGCCGGCCCGCUGGCCAUGGAGGGCAAGCUGCUGCUGACCACGCCAGCCAAGAAGUUCGAGUGCCAGGGUCCUGUUGACCCAGCAAUUCUGGCCAAGUGCAACCCUUGCCUGUCGAGCCCGUGUCAGAAUCAGGGAAGCUGUCAGAGUGACCCAGUGGACAUCUACAAGUGCACCUGUGCCCAGGGAUUCAAGGGCAAGAACUGUGAGACAGCUCUCAACGCCUGUGUCAGUAACCCCUGCGCCAAUGGAGCCACCUGCCAUAUCCAGCCAGGGGAGAGUGGGGAAUUCAGCUGCUUCUGCCCCCUGGGCUUUGAGGGACCCACCUGUGAGGUGAACGGGGACAACUGUGAGGACAACGACUGUGAGAAUGGCGCCACCUGCGUGGACGGAGUCAAUAAUUACACCUGCCUGUGUCCUCCCUUCUACACAGGAGAGCUGUGUGAGGAGAUGGAGGAUGUCUGCUCCCCGGGCCGCAACCCCUGUCAGAACCAGGCCACCUGCCUCAUCACUGCCAGCGGGCCCAAGUGUGCUUGCGCCCCUGGCUUUGUGGGAGACGACUGCAGCGUGGACCACGACGACUGCGCCCAGCACCACUGCCAGAACGGCGCCCUCUGUGUGGACGAGCCGAACGGAUACUCCUGCGCGUGUCCUGUGGGCUACAGUGGACAGCUGUGUGAGGUGCCCCCUGCGCCCCACUCCCUCUGUGACCUGACUGAGUGCCAGAAUGGCGCCCCCUGCGUGGAACGUGGGGGCAGGGCACUGUGCCAGUGCUUGCCAGGCUUCAGGGGCCUGCGCUGUGAAAAGCUUGUGAGCGUCAACUUCGUGGACAGAGACUCCUACCUGCAGCUCAGCGACCUGAAGAACUGGCCUCAGGCCAACAUCACUCUGCAGGUGUCCACUGCGGAGGACAAUGGGAUCCUUCUGUAUAAUGGUGACAACGACCACAUUGCUGUGGAACUCUACCAGGGGCAUGUCAGGGUUAGCUAUGACCCGGGCAGCCAGCCUAGCCACGCCAUCUACAGCACCGAGACUAUUAAUGAUGGCCAGUUCCACACAGUGGAGCUGGUGACCUUUGACCAGAUGGUGAACCUGUCGAUUGAUGGAGGCGUCCCCAUGACCAUGGACAGUUUCGGGAAGCUGCAGCCCCUCAAUGGACAGGCUCCGCUUUAUGUGGGGGGUAGGGGCCCUCUGCAGAUACCUCCCUCUACCGCAGGGAUGCCCGUGGACGUCAACUCGGCCGCCUUGCGCCUCUGGCAGAUCCACAACGGCUCCAGCUUCCACGGCUGCAUCCAGAACCUCUACAUCAACAACGAGCUGCAGGACUUCACCAAGACCCAGAUGAAGCCGGGGGUGGUGCCGGGCUGUGAGCCCUGCCGCAAGAUCUACUGCCUCCACGGCAUCUGCCAGCCGGACGGGGCCACGGGACCCGUGUGCCACUGCCAGCCGGGCUGGAGCGGGACCCACUGUGAUCAGCCAGCCAGCAACCCCUGCCAGGGCAGCAAGUGCGUCCAUGGGAAGUGUGUGCCCUUGGACAAGGACUCCUAUCGCUGCGAUUGCCAGGAGGGGUAUCGCGGAGCCCUGUGCAACCAGCAGGGGGAGCUCUUUAAUCCCUGCAAGAGGCUACAGUGCAAACACGGUCGCUGCCAGAUCUCUGAUGUGGGCGAGGCCUACUGCCACUGUGACAGUGGAUACAGCGGAGAGCUGUGCGAUACAGAGUCGGAGUGCCGGGGAGAGCCCGUGAGGGAGUUCUACCAGGUGCAGCGCGGCUACGCGAUCUGCCAGACCACGCGGAUGGUGUCGUGGGUGGAGUGCAGCGGGGCCUGCGACAGCGGCGCGUGCUGCAGCAGCCAGAGGAUGAAGCGCAGGAAAUACACCUUUGAGUGCAGCGACGGCACCUCCUUCACCGAGGAAGUAGAGAAGACCAUCAAGUGCGGCUGUGUGGGGUGCAUGUAGCAGACCUCAGACAGACCCAGGAGAGAGAGAGUAUAAAGAAAUAUAUAUAUAAAUAUAUAUAUUAUGGACAGCAAUGUUUGUAAAAUAGGACAUUACUUCCCUUCUGAGGGUGUUUGACAAAAGAAAAAAAAAAACAACAACAACAAAAAAACAUUGUUCCUGCAACAUUUUUCAAAGGUUCCUAAGUGUUGCAUUCAGAAAGAUCAUUCCCACAAGUCAACACAGUCUAACCUUAAAUCCUUCAGCCCAUGAUUUGGGCUUUAGAAAGCCUCGAGAUUAUCCCAUUGAUGCUUCCAGAAAGCAGCCCUUCAAGACACAGCCUUUCGCUCAUUAGCAGUGCAGAGUGGUAGAGUGGGUACAUGGGCUGGGCAGCACAGCGCAGGAGCCUGUCCUAAGAGACUGGUGGUGUUUCGGUGGUGUAAGCUGCACACACUGCUUAGGAAAGAGUUCAGUCUGCGGAAAGGUCAAUGGUUGUGCCUGGCUAUCCUGGACCUGACCAAACCUGGCUGUUUUACGAUAUAAAUUCAUGAUAUUGCACCUACUCACAUACAUUAACACUGUGAGGAAGAAACACACCCCCAUACAAAAAGAAUAUAUGGACAGAAAACUAAAUACAGAGUCCCAGAUCCAAAAAUACAGAGGCACAAACAGAAGUGCACUCUAAGUGAGAGAGCGCGGGAGUAGUACAGGAUAAAGCUGAAAGCGCAGAGCUGUUCUGAUUGGCUUCGUCGAUCGGGAUUUCAGGUCUCGUGGUUUUGACAAGCCCCAGUGGUUAGCCAACAUAAGUGAACAGUCUCCCAAUUGCUUUAAGGCUUAAGCACAGCUGUCAGAUUGGGACAAUUAUGACUUGCCCAUCCUGCUCCACUAACACAGUUACUUCCCUCAAGAACUGCGGGGGUAAGACAGUCUGCAGUCUUGACAAAAACCUUCAAUCCGAGAGUUACUCAUUGGCACACUUGUUUCUUUAAUAUCCUACAGGUUGAUGUCGCGAUUUCUUCUCUUUUUUUUCCCAGUGUUUGAUGUGAUUGGUCAAAAGUACCUCUCAGAGUGUUUUAGGAUCGAAAAGCAGCCUGACUCAGGUAUUAUAGUGGAUCUCCUGCAAUGGCAGUGCUCAGCGCCCCUUGAUGAAAGUGCAAGUCAGAAGAACAAAGUUUUCCCGUCAUUACUAUAUUCACUCGAACAGCACCACCUAGCAUGUGCAUAAACACAAGCCGUGUUAUCUGCCGUAUGGCUUUAGUAUAACACUGUUCCUCUAAGUAAACACAAACACAAGAUGGUCUGUGGUUUGAGCAGUCACUCAGCUUGUUUUAAGGUGAAGGGGCCGUCAGAGUGACUUUAGAAGCCCCUGGCAUCUCAGCAUCCUCCUCACUGGAUUCUCUGCCAUCUUGAUAUAGGUGCCUGGUUGGCUAGGUGACCACAUUAUUAAGGAAGCAUCACCUAGCAACAGCAUGAAUUCAGUUAACCACACCCCCUCCUCUUUCAGUGUGAACAGGUGGAGUGCUAGUUCCUCCUCCUUUUUAUGCCUGCAGUAUUACUUGUGCAAACUAUUGCAUGUGUGGAAGAUUUUACAAGUGGAUAUGUAUGUAGAGCUUUUUUUUAUUACAAAACAAAGGUGCAGAAUAUUUGUUUUUAUGUUUGAAUUUUUAUUUUUUUGCAUUGUUUAAUGUUAAAUUUUGUUUCCUGAUGUAACCUAACUCUUUUAGCCCUCUCUUUAUACAUAAAUGCCUAACAGAUUCUAAUAUAUAUUUGUAUUUCAUUUUGGUAUAGUAUUUUUAUAUGUUAAAGAGUAAGUCAGUGUUCUCCAGAAGCUUCUAUCAGAAAUGGUGGUCCAGCAUCUGAUUGGUUCCCUAGCUGUUUUUAUUUGUUCGCUCUCUUCUACACUCUCGAACAAGCUGGUUGGUGAUUGGCCAAAACAAGGUAGUGAAUUGUGGGUCUUAAUCUAGAAGAUGCAGUAUUGUUCUAGAAAACAUUUAAUAAUGUAUACAUUGUCUUCCAUUUGAAUAUUACAUCUAAUUUGUUUAAAAGUCUGCGUGUUAUUCUUAUAUUUAAAAGCCAUUCCUGAUAUAGAGCAGGAUAAGUCGUAAUAUUUUCUGAUUUUCACAAGAUAGAAUGACAGGAAUUUGAAAACUGUAACUUCAAAUACGACACUCCUCCUUCAAAGCCAGGAGCUGCAGUCUGAAAAGAUACGAGUUUCUCUCUCCACAGCAUGAAAGCAUUCCCUUUUUGCUUAACCCUGCACUACAUUAGAGGUGUACCAUAUAGAGAAUAAUUUAAAAAAAAAGAUGCUGGAAGGAUAAAUAUAUAUUUAUGUAUGUGGAAAUAUACUGUUAGUUUUUUCAUUUUAAUUCAGUUAGGUUUUAGAUUGUUUUUUGUAAAAUAUUCGAAAGAAAACGCAAGGAACAAGUAGAGAGAAAACUGAAUAAUUACCCCCACUGGCGCACACACUUUUAGGUCCAGUAUCCCUGUACCUGCUGUGGCGUCCGCUCCAGCAUGCAGGAUUGUAGUGCCACCUAGCGGAAGCCAGAGGAAUUACCUUGAUCAAACCAUACGAGUUAAAGGGGCACUGUUUCAUUAACAAGCCCACUACAUCUCCUAUCGUGAGGUCGUUCUGUUAGGCAAGUGGCGAUUUGUUUUGUCUGUAUUCUUCACCACCUGUGACAAGGGUGAAAAUCACAUGACAUAGUGCUCCAAAUAUUGACCCUAGUACGCUGUUCAGAAGUGACUUGCUCCGCACGUGUACAUAUUUCUGUUCCAAAGCUUCCUGCGCUGAAACAGUUCAACACGACAUAUACUGUACGUUUAGUCUGUUUCACUAUGAAAACAUUUUUUUUGUGCCUUUACAUUUGUAGUAGCAUAUUCAAGUAUAAUUUACUUAAGAAAAGCUUUCUUUUGUUACAGCUAAAUUAUAGAUUUGAAAGACUGAUACUGAGCAUGUCUACUAGUUUGCCAGACAUUACAAUCAGACGCUUAAUGACACAAUACCUGGCUGCAUGAUAUCAGACAUGUGCUGGAAAGCAGUCGAAUAGCACAACUCGAUUUUGAAUCAAGGAAAGUGUAUAUGAUAGGAUGGGCCAUUUAAAUUCCAGUUUGUUACUCAAGAGGUGACUUACAUGAAGCACUAUCUAGGUAGUGAUUAAUCAACUGAGCUGCCACUGUAAAGUUGUUGUUUUUAAUACUCUGCAAAUAAGAUCAUAUAAAGUGCUUUUAUCAACAAUGGUCUCUAUCAGUUAAUAAUGUUGCUGAAUGUACUUUAGCCCUAAACCUCUGGAGACAGCUUAGUGCAGUCUUUGUGUCCGGCUGUUCAGUUGGUCUUCAGCAGUGGAUCCAGGAAGACAAUGACCAAGUAGCAUUCUUACCAAAAAGACCCUGUGCUCAUCCUUUUGGGAGUCCCCUGCUUCACAAUCCUUACUUUGUUCCUAAAGAAAUCCAGAGGAAUUAAUCAAUUCACUCGGACAGAGGAGCCUGCAUGGUAAAUACAUUGCUUGCAUUUAGUCUUGUUUCUUCAAUUCAUCUGCCAUCGCUUGUUUUAAUUUAGGAAAGCCUCAUUCAUUGGUUCCAGACUGCACUGGAAAAAAAAUGUAUUGUAAAAGGUGCACACAGUCUCUGUCUUACUGAACAGGUGAACAAACAGUCCUCAUUUGUUUUCAACAGCUGCGCUGCCGUUGCUUAUUGUGAGUCUCAAAGAUUGUUGAACCAUGAUUGCUAACCGCAGUCAAGCUGAAUGUAUUUAGUGCCACCUCAAACAAAUGUUUACUGAAACUCCACUCUUUUCAUGCAUUAAAACUCUGUGUGCUUUUACUA